AUGAAAGACCUUAAUAAGAGACUCAUUGCGAGAUUAACCGUUGUACCGAUGAAGAAAACAGGAGUGAAAACGCGAGCGAGCAUGGCUUGCGAGAGAGCACAGAAUGCGAAUAAGCAAAACGGAAAGGUCUACUUGACCGAGGGAGAGAAAGACCUAACCAAUGUAAAGACGAUGGCGACCUUGCGCUACGCUGCACGGUUUGUAAAUCGUAAUCCGCGAAACCUGGAGAUGAUGGGUUUUCAGAAACCUCCAACAGGCUACGAAUUUGAAAAAGAUCGAGACCGACGAAGCUUUAUUUAC